AUUAGAUCUUUUUUUUAUCUUUUAUGCUUUGCUAUAAACUAAAAUAAUUUCUAGAAAAUAAAGAGAUUUUAUUCGGAUGAAAUAAACUUGAAUUUUAAGGAGUUCAAACGAUGAAAAAAAGAGCCUCUGUUCGGAAAAUCUGUGAUAAAUGUCGACUAAUCCGGCGAGGAGGACGAAUUUUAGUAAUUUGCUCUAACCCGAGACAUAAACAAGGACAGGGAUAAGACAUCAAAACAACCAAACCAAUCCAACAAUUAAAAAUUUAAAAAUAGAGAUAUCCGCACCGACUCAGAUUUAGAAAAUAAAAAAAAAAAAAGCUAAACUAUGGUAAAAUUAAUCCCGAGACUUAGUUCGCGUCGGAAUGGACGUAUUCGUUUACGUAAAAAUACACGUAAAAUCUCACAAGGAGUAAUUCAUAUUCAGGCCAGUUUACAGAAUACUAUAGUCACUGUUACAGAUGUACGAGGGCGCGUAGUUUCGUGGGCUUCUGCAGGUAGUGCCGGAUUCAAAGGAACUACAAGACGGACGCCGUUUGCUGCGCAAACGGCAGCAACAAAUGCUAUCCGUACAGCAAUAAACCAUGGUAUGCGUGAAGCAGACGUGUUAAUAAAAGGCCCUGGGCUUGGAAGAGACGCAGCAUUACGAGCGAUUCGUCGAAGUGGUAUACGAUUAGAGUUGAUACUGGAUGUCACUCCUAUGCCACACAAUGGCUGUAGACCUCCGAAAAAACGACGUGUAUAGAGAGAAAAAAAUCAUUUAUUACUCAAAACUCAAUAAAUCCUAGGAUGUGAUAAAAAAUCCCAGUUUCUAUUGCUGGGAUACUCAAAUGGAAAUGAAAACAGCUAGUAAAUGCUUUUCCUAUGGGCAACUUAAUGAAAGGUGAAGCCAACACACUAGACCGAGGAAUGCAAAGCCAAAAACCUUGGUUGCAAAUAUAAAGUUUAAGAAUGUCUUUUAGAGCGUCUGUAAAAUGAGGGUCGUAUUAAGAUUUUAAGAAACUUUAUUGAUAAAUCUAUUUUUGUGUAACUGAUGAUUCAUCUAGAUGUGAAAAUCAUUGGAAGAAGACAAUAUAUUAUAUAGCUUUUUUUUACCGUAACCCAUUGACUUCUGGCUUGGAGGAAAAAUACAGAGAAGUGGUGGCUAUUAAAAAAAAAACGGGCCCGACCUUUAACAAAAAAAGGGAAACAUAGUUAAGUACAAGGCAAUGAAAAAAAAUAAAUAAACAGGUUUUCUGGAAAUCGGAACAAACAGAAGUUUAAGAACAAAAGAUAAACUUCAUGAAUUAACCGUAAAUCUCCUUAAUUUUGUAUUCCUUAUUUUCCAGAUGAAGGAAACCCAUCUCCGUUUUGACAAUGUUAAACACACAAUUUCGCUAUCACCCCGUACCAUACUGCAGAAAAGGUCACUCAAAAAACAAAAAUGAGAUAUCAUUUAAAUUCAUUUUUAUUUAUUUUAAAGUAUGAAGUUAGACUGAUUUUCUCAAUCUCUAUAGUUGCAUAAAAAAAGUCGAAUUAUUGGACAAUUUAAAUAAAAGAUAAAACGGUCGUUUGAAACUCGAACAUUUUGAUGUAGAAUAGAUAAAAAAAAUAUUUUGGAUUUUUAUUUUAAGGAAAACAUUUUAUAGUUUAUUUAUUAAACAGAAAUCAAAUAAAUAUUAAAGAACUCAGAAUUAAAGAAACUAGAAUUUAAGUAUCUAGGGAAAACUUUAAAAUGAAAAAAGGUUACCCUAGAUACACAAGCUGUGAUUUUUAACAAUUUAAAAAAGACCUAAAGUUAGGGAUUUUUCAAUAGGUAAUAUUGCCCCAACGCCCAACCAAAAGGAAACUACGAUACCAAUCAAAAACAUACUAGUAGAUACUGGACGGCGAAAUGGAUUUUGGAAUUGAUUGACAUUCUCUAAAAAGGGUAUUGUUAAUAAUCCCGCAGGUAUUGAAACCAUUAAAAGUACACCCAAUAUUUUAUUGGGUACUGUACGAAGUAUUUGAAAGACAGGAAAAAAAUACCAUUCGGGUAGGAUUUCUAGCGGGGUCGCAAAGGGAUCAGCC